AUGUCAAGUAAAGCAUGUCUUACAAUUUUCUUGUUAACCAAAAACUUGGCGAUUAAAAAUAGUAGCGGAGUUUCUUGCCAGUUCUUAUCGAUUAAUCACGAAUAUUUUCCAAUUUUCAGAAGUAACCCCCACGACGAGAGGGUUCUUAAGCUGUCAUCUGAUGACGCACUUCAGCUAGGCCCGCCGCCUAGGAGCUGCUACCCUCUGGUGGUUAUUCUGGCACGAGAUCAGAGAGACACGGCGGAGCUGAGGCCUGAUGAUACGGUGGCCCUUGUGAGUAUAGUUCACAUAAAAGAUGAGCAGUGCCCACUUCCGAGUGGAGUCAUCGCGCAAUAUUUGAAACAGGCCAACGGACACUUAUCGUGCUUAAAGCAAUUGUAUGUGUCCGGUGAGAUGGCAGACGUGGACGAGGGCUAUCGGGCCAAGGGCGAAGCCUUGUGCUGCGUAUGCGCAGCCGCCCCUUUAUCUCGCGCACUGUUACCAUGCCGACAUGCCUGCUUAUGUGCGGGAUGUUUACCGAAGCUAGACAAAUGUCCAAUCUGUCGCAGCAUGAUCACGAGUUACUUUUGCAUCAGAAACGAAGAGGAACCGCGAUCAGACAAACAACAGUAUCCCAUUAAUAGGCGACUUCUGAAUCUAUUUCAUUAUCACUAG